AUGCCCCACACCAGUGCAAGCACCAGCAGAGAGCUGCUAAUCUUCACUAUGCAUUUGCUUUUGAUUCUUCUAGUAUGGCUUCGGAAACUUUUCACCUACUUUAAAGCCAAUGUCAAACCGACAGAUGAAAUCGUCAUGCUAAUCAUUAACGAUAUCUACAAAGGGACCGAUAAGCCAUCCAUAUUCGCCUUCUUCGUCCUUCGUCAAGUCUCUCAACGGUUUCGACGAUUGACUCAAGACAAGACUUUCGACUCUCACGUCUUCUCAAACAAGGAUUGCUGCGAACGGUGCCUGAGUUCUUCCGGAUUUUGGGCACGUAAAGAGAACACACCUACAGUUACAGAUAAUCUCGAUGGCAGCUCUUGUAGAGAAAGGCAUUGCUUUGGAUACAAGAUCAACAGGGCAGGUAUCUGCUCAAAAGGACUCGGCGACCUUAUCAGAAAAGAAAAGCUCUGCUCCCCGUGUCAGACGCGCCUAGAUGUCAGAGAGAGCUGCGACGUCUCGGUCAAUGCAAAUUUGCACCCCGACAUCCACUGGACUGGAAAUUUUGCACUGCUUGUAAAGUUGAUCACCCUUCUUUAUGCUUUCCAGCCGGUCAGCAAGUAUGUAUCGCCAGGACAGGUUAUAUUCGCCUAUGUGAACAUAAGGUGCUCCGCUGGGAUGGUGUCAAAUACUCUGUUGCAGGCGCUGCCUCAGCCUUCAAAACAGAGAGAAAGAACGAGAUCACGACAUGCCAACAUCCGAGCCACCGUACACCUUGUAACCACGGAGUUGGCAAGCCAAAGGUUCUCUUGAUCACAUUUGCGUCAGGGGGGGGCUUGAUGUUCCUUACCUUUUCAGGUCAUUCGGAUUCGAACCUGGUUCCAGCGCAAAAGCUCGACGGUAUUCCCUGUGGCAAUAUAUAUAGAGGACAACAAUC